CCCCGCCCUGAGGGCCGCGGGUGACGUCAUGCGCCUGCGCCCGCGCCUGCGCGGCGGGGGCCCGAGGGCCGGAGCGGGCGGUGGGCGCCGCCGCCGGCGCCAUGUUCCGGUAUCAGUCCUUAGAGGACUGCCCGCUGGAUGAGGAUGAAGAUGCUUUCCAAGGCCUGGGGGAGGAGGAUGAAGAUAUCGACCAGUUUAAUGAUGACACGUUUGGAGCUGGGGCUGUUGAUGACGACUGGCAGGAGGCCCACGAGCGCCUGGCCGAGCUGGAGGACAAACCCAUGGCCAGCAGGGAGCAGGAUGGGGCCAGCACCGAGGACCUGGACCUGCUGGGGGACCCGGAGGCCACACUGGCCGAGCGGCUGACCCGGCUGGUCAUCGACAGCGAGCUGGAGGACCCUGCCAUCAUGCAGGCAGUGCAGACCCGCGGCCCUACACAGCAGGCUGGAGGGCUCAAUUCCAGCAUCUGGGAUAGCUCGGCUGUGCUGCGGCGUAUGAGGGGCCCGCUCCUCGCUCAGGAGAUGCCCUCAGUGUCCGUGCUGGACUAUGCCCUGCCCCAGAGGCCUCCCCAGCCCCGUGAUGAUGAACGGGACCCAUCAGAGCGGGCGCUGCCUCGGCGUUCCUCAUCCCCCAUCAUCGGGAGCCCCCCUGUCCGUGCUGUCCCCAUUGGCACCCCCCCGAAGCAGGCUGCUGUGCCCAGCUUCAACCAGCAGAUCCUGUGUCCGAAGCCUGUCCACAUCCGAGCCACCCUGCAGCAGCGCUACCCUGCUCCCUAUGGAGAGAGGAUGUCCCCCAACCAGCUCUGCAAUGUACCGAAUUCCUCCCUCCUGGGCCACCCAUUCCCACACAGCGUCUCCCCCGUUCUCACCCACCUGCAGAGAGCUCAGCUGCUCGGAGGAGCCCAGGCGGGCCGCAUGUCCCCCAGCCAGUUUGCCCGGGUCUCAGGCCUGGUGGGGAGCCCCAUUCCCUCCGUGAACCCCAAGCUGCUGCAGGGCAGGGUCGGGCAGAUGAUGCCUCCAGCCAGUGGCUUCCGUGCCUUCUUCGGGGCUCCCCCUGCUCCUCCUCCUCCUUCACAGCUCCAGCACCCACCAGGCCCCAGCUCCCACCUCCAGAGCCUCAGGCCUCAACCCCAACUGUUCCGCCCGGACACGACCCAUCUGCACCCGCAGCACCGGCGCCUCCUGCACCAGCGGCAGCAGCAGAGCCGAAGCCAGCACCGGAGCCUCAACGGCUCCAUAGGGGAUCGAGGGGGCCACCGGAGCAGCCACCAGGAGCAGGUGAGGAAGGAUCCCUACGCCAACCUCAUGCUGCAGCGGGAGAAGGAUUGGGUGUCCAAGAUCCAGAUGAUGCAGCUCCAGAGCACUGAUCCCUACCUGGAUGACUAUUACUACCAGAAUUACUUCCAGAAGCUGGAGAAGUUGUCAGCAGCGGAGGAAGUCCACGGUGAUGGUCCCAAGAAGGAACGCACUAAACUCAUCACACCUCAGGUGGCCAAGCUGGAGCACACCUACAAGCCAGUGCAGUUUGAGGGCUCCCUAGGGAAGCUCACAGUCUCCAGCGUCAACAACCCUCGCAAGAUGAUCGACGCCGUGGUGACGUCCCGCAGUGAGGAUGAUGAGACAAAGGAGAAGCAGGUUCGGGACAAGAGGCGCCAGACCCUUGUCACGAUCGAGAAGACAUACAGCCUCCUCCUGGACGUAGAGGACUAUGAGAGACGCUACCUCCUGAGCCUGGAAGGGGAGAGGCCGGCCCUGAUGGGCGAGAGGAAGCAGAAGAUCUGUGACAUGUACGACAACCUGAGGGGGAAGGCACCCGGGCAGGACAGGCCGAGCGAUGACCACUUCAUGCAGAUCAUGUGCAUCCGCAAAGGGAAGCGCCUCGUAGCCCGCAUCCUGCCCUUCCUGUCCCCAGAGCAAGGGGCCGACGUGCUCAUGGCCACAGCCAGGAACCUGCCCUUCCUCAUCAAGAAGGAUGCUCAGGAUGAGGUGCUGCCCUGCCUGCUGAGGCCCUUCUCCCACGUCCUCUACCACCUUCCCCUGGGGACAGUCACCAGCCUCGUGCAGCAGUUAACAAACCUACCUCAGAGCGCACCCGCACCAGCGCCCACCAACCUGCACCUCACUGCUGUGCUCCAGAACAAGUUCGGGCUGUCCCUGCUGUACUUGGUCCUGAGCCGUGGGGAGGAGCUGCAGAGCUCGGACAGCAGCACGGAGCUCAUGCAGGACAACCAGUGGACGGAGCUGAUGCUCAUGGCAACCCGGGAGCUCCUGCGCAUCCCUCAGGCAGCUUUGGCCAAGCCGGUGUCCACCCCUUCCAACCUCCUCUCCCUCUUCUCUCGCUACGUGGACCAGCAGAAGCUCAACCUGCUGGAGACAAAACUGCACUUAGUGCACGGGAUCCGGUAGGACAUCACCUCUGCGGCUCCUCGGCACCGGAGUGUUCCUGAAGAUGGAUGGAGGGCAUGGGUUCCCCCCCCAAUACACCCCAACCAUCGUC